GAAAACAGGGGUAAGGAGCGAACCCGGAGCGAGAGGGACAGGGGUAAGGAGCGAACUCGGAGUGAGAGGGGCAGGGGUAAGGUACGAACCCGGAGUGAGAGAGACACGGAGCUGGAUCCCAGUGUACUUUGGUUGCCGAGAACUGAGAGUGGCAGUGGAUGGAGGGAUUAUGGGAACUCCUGUUGAAGGUGCUGUUGAUAUGGCUGAUUCUUGGGAUCACUCUCAUUAUGCUGCCUGCUAUGUUUGGAUUUUCCUUGGGAAUAACAGAACUAUACAUGAAGAUUCUGGUCAAGACUCUUGAGUGGGCGACUCGAAAAAUACAAAAAAAAGCGCAGGAGCAGCCUGGACACCCUUAUUCUCCUUCCACUGAAAUUAUCGAGAAGCGUGAUAAAGUGUCACUGGAAGAUGAGAUGAUGGAAUUGAGACGUUAUUCGAAUAGAAACAGGCCUCUCCAUGAAGGAGACUUUGACUUGUCUGAUGUGAUCUAUUUCUCAAAGAAAGGGUUUGAAGCCAUUGUCGAAGACGAAGUGACCACUCGAUUCAGCUCAGAAGAGCUGGUCUUGUGGAACCUGUUAACAAGAACAAACAGGAACUUCCAGCACAUUAGUGUUUGUCUGACUAUACUUUGGGGUUUGGGAGUCGGAAUUCGAUAUGGAGUCCUCCUGCCUCUGCGGAUCACUUUGGCUCUGAUUGGCAUUAGCUGGCUGGUGAUUGGGACCACUUUAGUAGGACAGCUGCCAAACAGCGGUGUGAAGGUAUGGCUCAGUGAACUUGUUCACUUGAUGUGCUAUAGAAUUUGUGCAAGAGGACUGUCUGCGACGAUCCGCUAUCACAACAAGGAAAACAGACCAAAGAAAGGAGGUAUAUGUGUAGCAAACCACACAUCACCAAUAGAUGUCGUCAUAUUAGCCAACGAUGGAGGCUAUGCAAUGGUUGGGCAGGUGCAUGGUGGGCUGAUGGGAAUCAUUCAGAGGUCUAUGGUCAAGGCCUGCCCACACGUCUGGUUUGAACGAUCGGAAAUGAAAGACCGCCAUCUUGUAAUAAAAAGACUAAGUGAUCAUGUUGCAGAUAAGACAAAAUUACCAAUUUUAAUAUUUCCUGAAGGUACCUGCAUAAACAAUACCUCUGUCAUGAUGUUCAAGAAAGGAAGUUUUGAAAUAGGAGGAACGAUAUAUCCAGUUGCAAUCAAGUAUGAUCCUCAGUUUGGUGAUGCUUUUUGGAACAGCAGCAAAUAUGGGAUGGUAUCCUACCUGCUCCAAAUGAUGACCAGCUGGGCCAUAGUCUGCAACGUGUGGUACCUGCCUCCAAUGACCAGACAGGAAGGUGAAGAUGCCGUGCAGUUUGCCAAUCGAGUCAAAGCAGCCAUAGCUCAGCAGGGAGGCUUGGUGGAUCUCGCCUGGGAUGGAGCUCUGAAAAGAGCCAAAGUUAAAGACAACAUGAAAGAACAGCAACAGAAAUGCUACAGCAAGAUGAUCUUUGGGGAAGAAAGCAGCUGAAGAGAAAUGAGAUGUUAGUCUAUUAGUCCUUAUGGUCAUUGUUUACGUCUUCAUGCAUUCAGGUUUUCAAUGAAUGUCUUCUCUUUAUUUUUGUAAACUGAACAAAUUUAUACAUUGAGUCCCAAAUAGAACAAUAUCUAUAAAUGAUAAUGAUCUAAAUGUGUUUUUUGUUUUGUUUUGUGGCUAAUCUCUGAUCUAGUGAUAGGUGAUUAGUGCGUCUGUCCUAGUUGGUUUGUGUUCUCUUCGAAGCAACGCUUCAGUAUAAUAAAUGCAAGGGGAUGGCAGGCUUCGGUCAAGAUCUUCACCUGUGAUGUGUUUCCAAGACUGUGUUGAAACGUGAUGUUAACUUGCUUUGUCUUGGUUGCCACCUCUCUCCAUGCACCUCUAAAAGCAAUGAGUAGCAGAGGGUCCUCUUAUCCAAGAGAGAGUAAGGUUUGACGCGUUUUGCUACAGGCAUAGGAAAUGCCACAAAGGCAGAACUGGCAAUCAGCAGGCUGAGGGUUAAUGUAGUUAUAGGAAAAGGAGGAAAGUGUGACAGAGAUAAAAAUAUGUAGUUUCUGAAUUUUACUCGGGGUUUACAUGGCUUACAGUGGCUUCUUUUUCUAUACCCUUAGGUCCCCCUGCAAGGAUCGAGCCGUGACACACCCUAUUCCUGUUCAUGCUGCCCCUUAUAAUCUGAAAUCAUGUCAGCUUUCACAUGUACUCUGAUGAUACCAGGUCUACCUCAGCAACACCUCUCUUGACCCCUUCCCCCAUUCCCUUUGAUUUGUCACACUGCUUGUACAACAUCCAGCACUGGAUGAGCAGAAAUUACCCCCCCCCCCCCCAGAUAAAUACUGGGUCAACCAAAAUCAUUGUCUUCAGUCCCCACCACAACCUCCAUUCCCUCGCUGCUGACUCUGUUCUUUAGGUCACUGGUCCUAACAUCUCCUUAUGUGGCUCCGUGUUAAAUUUUGUCAAUGCUUCUGUGAAGCACUUUAGGACAUUUUAGUAUGUUAACAGCACAAUAUAAAUGCCUGUUGUUGUUGUUGUUAGACGUUAAAUGUGUUGUCUGGUAAUUUCAGGACUAUUAAUACUUUGAUUAAAUAUGUUGGAGUAGCUGGAAUGAAGAGGGUCUGGUUCUGGAAAACUAACGGCAAGUGGAUUCUACAAUCUGUAGGUCCUUCUAAUAACAGCCAGUCAGUUAUCAGAGUUUGCUGUCAGGGCAAUGUACGGGACCGUAUCAAUGGACUGGGAUUUGCCGAUAUAUUAUUAAUAAACAUUUCUGUAACUAUUAUAACUGCAGCAGGAGGUUCUUCAGUCUUCACACUGUAAUUGGGGAGGGCACGUGUUCUAGGCUAGGUGAGGGAAUGUAAUGGUUAUCACACACAACUGGAGCUCCUUUCAAAAUAACUCAAUCUGUAACGGGUUUUCCAGUCAGUAUGAUGCGAAGGGUAAAAUGGAUCUUCUCAGAUUUGUGCAAGUUCUAAUAUUAAAUAUAUAAAACGCCAAAGAGAAUUUUGCAACCCAGCAAAAUCUGACGAUGAAUAUUCAAUUGAUACGCUUUGAGUAUCCUUUAUCCGAAACCCUUGGGACCAAUUGUGUUUCAGAUCUCAUAUAAUUUUGGCUGCAGAUACCGUAAAUAGGACUAGGCCUACUUACAUUACAAUGGCUGAAGCCUAGACUAGCUGUAGUCUAAAGUAAAUAAAAUGGCUAGAAAAGUAAGAUGUACCACUGAAUUAUAAAUACGGGGUACUGGUAAUAAGUUCCCACCUGUGGCGCCAUCUGCAACUCUGCAUGUCGGAGAGGGUUUGCAAGGUGAACAUUGCAGACAAACAACUAGACAUCCUGUGCUAAAGGUUGGGUGUGCUCAGUGAGGUUUGUGUCUGCUCAGGUUGUGUUGGCUCGGGUUACAGACCUCUCGUGCUAAAGGUUGACAAGGUUCAAAAAAAUUGCAGUUUUUGAAUAUGUUAGGGUUUUCGAAUUUAUGGACAAAGGAUACUUGACCGGCCUGUAAUAAAAUGAUACAAAAUCGUUA